GAACACUUGAUGUUAGAUCUUAGUAUUUUUACCAUUCUGAAACAGUCUUGUUCUGACUGCAGCUUUGAUAUGUUGGUCAAUAUUAGAACAGUCAAUCUGCUCCAUUGAUAAUGAUCUUAGGAAGGAGAAGGAUAACUUGUCUUUGAAAUUUCCAUCUAUUAUGGACCUUGAACUCAGAAGACUCUACUGAUUCUGCAUUCCCUUCAGCAUUUUUACUACUAUUAUUUCAUAUGAUUAUAGAUUGAGGAACUAGAAGAGAGUUUAUAAGCUAUGUAAUCCAAACCCUUCAUUUCUCAGAUGUGGAAACUAUUUCAAUCAUCAUGUCCUAUCUAUCUAAUGGACAACCUUGCUUUUAGAGUUUCAGAAGUAAACCCCUUAAUCAUGGGAGCUUCUUUGAAUUCCCUGUGGUCACAGCUAAAGGGAAGUGUCCAUAACACUCUAGAGUUUCCUGAGGGAUCCAUUGUAGUCUGAUACAACCUAGAUUCCAGACCCAAAUCUGGAAUCUUGUGAAUGUAAUGAGUACUAAGUUUCUUGACUCAUUGUCUUUCUGUCUCACUUGAUCAACAAAGUGAGAUUUUAUUCUUCUUUUGGGUUAAUUUUGAUAAACCUACUGUAUAAAAAACUCAGUUUGGUACAUUAUUUUGCUUUGCCUUUUCACUCCUUAGGGAGAAAAUUUGUGUCUUGUAGUUAAACAAAUAGUUCUUAGAAAGAAUAUAAACCAGUUAUCUUAUUUCAUAACAUUUUAGAAAAAAAUAUAAUAUGGACAUUCAUAGGGUAAACAAUAAUUAGAAUGAAAACAUGAAUAAAUAUUUUUUCUUUAAUAUAAGAUUAGAGAGCAAGAAUGUAUUCUAAAAGACAGCAAGCCAGUUAAUUCUAUACUAAUGCUACUUUGUUUAAUCAUCUGAGUACCAAACAGUGGGAAAGUUAAGUAGAAAUAUUAAUUUGAUGUAAUUGGUUUGAAGGCUAAUCUAAUUAGAAAAUAUAUGAAUUGCAGAUUUAUUAAGUAAAAUUUAUUACUUCUUAGUAUAAUCAAAGUCUUGAAGUAGACUUAUACUGUGUUGACAAGUUUGGUGAUUUACUCCAAUGUAUAGGUAAGCAUAGCAUAUAAGUGAUUAGCAGAUAAAUUGAAAUACUUAAACAGUUUGCCUUCUUAAGUAUGAAAUUACUUAAUUUCAUAAACUACUUGCUUAGAUUCCAUAAACAAUUAACAAAACCUCCAAAAAACAAUUUCUGGUCAAGUGAUCACAAAUCUAAAAUAAUGGAGAUUUCAUCAUGGUUAAAAGAUUGAGACAGUUAUUGUCAGACACUUGAGUCAGUAUUUAUAGCUAUAAAUAAUAUAUAAAUAAACUCUAACCCAAAUUUCUAGCACCAUUUUGAUCUGUAUUGGGACCAGCCCCAAAAUCUUUUCAGUAGUCUCAUAAGUAGAAAGUCCCAUCUCUGUUUCCAUCUGUCCUAAUUAUCUCUUGAAUUUAUCAUAAGAUUGAGAGCUCCAAAGGAUCUUAGUAUCACGUCCUCAAAUAUUUCUGGAUUUUGCUCAGCACUGACAUGAAUCAAGGAAUGAAUAAUGAAUGGAGACUUGUUUUUUAAAGAAAAUUUGCAGAAGCAGUUAUGUUUUCUUAUUUUUUUUUAAAUAGGAAAAUAAGAUGACUCUAUUUUGGUAUGCUUGCUUCAUAGUUCUACUUAGUUCUUCAUUUGAAGCUGAAGAUGAUUGUGUGGAGUUUGAAGAGAAUAUAAUAUUAGUUACUUUUGAAGAUGAGCUUGCUGUUCGUCACAGUAAUUCUAGAGUAUUUGGCCCUUACAGUAACAUAAGUUGGUAUGGAAGUGAUGGUAAGACAGUCAUCUCUAUGGAUCAGAACUCUAGGGUUCACCAGUACAGAGAGAAACUUUGGUUUGUUCCAGCUGCGACAGAGGACUCAGGAUAUUAUUAUCGUGUUGAAAGAAAUUCUACCCAUUGCCGUAAACAGAAAUUCAAGAUAGAAAUUUUGAAGAAGCAUCCUGGAACAUGUUAUGAUGAGCUCUCUGAAUAUAAACAGAAAUUGCUUCCAGGACCUGGUGGCUUCCUUGUAUGUCCCAAUUUGGAUAUUUUUAAAGAUGACAGUAAUCUGUCUAAAAUUCAAUGGUAUAAGGAUUGCAAACCUCUCCUUGGCAAUACAAAAUUUAAAGUCCUAAAAAAUCAUCUUUAUCUGGGUAAUGUAGAGAAAGAAGAUGAGGGGCAUUAUACUUGCCUUUUAUCCUAUGAUUAUAUGGGACAGCAUUAUAACAUUACUCGGGCAAUACAUCUAAACAUUAUAGGAAGAGGAAAGAAAAAUAUACCAAAGAUUCUGAGUCCAGAAAACAGGACAAUAGAAGUGGAACUUGGAUCCCAGUUGCUUUUAGACUGUAACUUCACAGCUCAAAAGAAUGAUAUUCAAUACUGGACUUGGAAUGGAUCGUAUGCUAACAAUGAACCUAAUGUCACAUGGUCUGAACUUUUAGUUCCAAAUUUAAACAAUUUGAACACUGUUACAAGAGUUUCAAGGCUUGUCAUUUUAAAAGUGGAAAGUAGACAUUAUUUGUACCCAUUUUUAUGCUGGGUUAGCAAUGAUGCUGGUAUAGUAACAACAUAUAUUGCCUUGAAACCAAGAGUCCUAGAUGCCAGAAUGUACUUGAUUGGAGGAUUCAUCUCUUUGGCACUAAUAGUUACAUUCUCUGUGUUUCUCUACAAAUUUUUCAAAGUUGAAAUUGUGCUUUUAUAUAGGGAUUCUUGCCAUCCAUUUAUCCUGAAAAAAGCUUCAGAUGGGAAAGUUUAUGAUGCAUAUAUAUUAUAUCCAAAAAAUUUUGGAGAAGGGUCCACCUACAUCUCAGACAUCUUUGUGUUUAAAAUCUUGCCUGAAGUCUUAGAAAAUCAAUGUGGAUAUAAUCUGUUCAUCUAUGGAAGGGAUGACCUUGUUGGAGAAGAUGCUAUCAUGGCUAUCAACGAGAACAUUAUGAAAAGUAGAAGACUGAUUAUUGUCUUAGCAGGGGAGCAAUCAAGUUACAAUUGGCUGGGAAACACAUCAGAACAGCAAAUAGCUAUGUAUAAUGCUCUUGUCCAAGAUGGAAUUAAAAUCAUCCUGGUUGAACUAGAAAAAAUUAAGAGCUAUGGAGAUAUGCCAGAAUCCAUUAAAUACCUCAGACAGAAGCAUGGUGUCAUCCGAUGGAAAGGGAACUUCAUGGAAGAAUCCCCAUCUGCAAAGACAAAAUUCUGGAGAUGUCUCCGUUACCACAUGCCAGCACAGCGGCAUUGGUCUUCUUCCACAAGGGAACCCCUGGUUCUAGAUUCUGCUCUGAACUCUAAGAAGAAAUAGUACAUGGCACUUUAAGCACUCAGGGAAUUGUUCUGAAAGCUUGAACAGAUGACUGGUCUUUUUAUAAGUAGAAGCUGUCUGUUUGCUUUAAAAGAUUUCUAGGUUGGACAGUUUGUCAUGGUGACUUUUCCAGUCUUGAGAGUUCUCUCUCUCUCUGUCUCUUUCUCUGUCUCUCUCUCUCUGUCUCUCUGUCUUUGUUUCUGUCUCUGUUCCUCCUUCCCUCCCUCCCUCCUUCCCCCCUCUUUCUCUGUCUCUGUCUCUGUCUCUGUCUCUGUCUCUGUCUUUCUCUCUCUGUGUCUCUUUGUCUCUCUCUGUAUGUGAGAAUAUGACUUGAGAAAGAUGAUAUGAAAUAACAGAAUGGAUUUAGAAAUUAAUACCUGUCUAGAAAAGAUAGCUGGCAAACUUGAUCUUGACGCUUUCCUUCAGAGAGCAAUGCAGUUAAAAAAUUCCUCCCAAAACUGUUUUUUAAGCUUUGAGAAAUGGAAUUUCAUAGAUAUUUUUGUAUCCUUUUUGCACUUGUUGUAUAAAUCUACAUCUGCUGCCACCUGUCAGUUUCUAAAGAAACAAUGAGAAUUUUAUUUUGAAGCCUUUAAUUACAUUGGUGAAAACAAUUCUCUGGAAUUGCAAAUUUGAAAAUAGGAGAAGGGGUGGGGGGCGGGGGGAGACCGAGAAAUGAGUGUCAUUUAUAUUGGGAUCAAGAUUUCACUGAAGCACAUAACAGUUUUUUAGAUGCCGGUCUCAAAAGAAAUAAAAAUACAAGCAUAUCUUAGAGAAACCUUUAUUUCUUCUUAUAAGAUUAUAUUCAUAGAGAUUUUAGAAAGGACACGGAUAAUUUCAGUUAACAAACAUUUAUUACAAUACAGUGGUACAACACUUGUGAUGGUGCCACAUGUAAAAAAAGAAAAAAGAAAACUUCCUAUUAAGUGCCUUACAAAAGUUUUAUUUAUAAUGUUCUGCUAAGUAGGUUUGUUAGGAAUCUUGGGAAUAUGAGAGUAAAUUCUAAAUCUUAGGAUUGUUCUAACUUAGAAAUAAUAGUGUAGUCUGUGAAAGAAAGAGAAGGUGAAGAAAAUGAUUAAAAAAGAAUGAACACUUAAGAUUUCUAAGAAGUGAGAAGUGCAACUGGAGAAGAAUUAACACAAGAAGAUUUAAUUACAUUGGUUUCUCAGAGAGGAAAAUUUUAAUUUUUCAUUCUGGGUGAACUCCUUUUGCCUUUUUGCUUUUUAAUAAACACAUUAGUUUUUUUUUUCUGGUUGCCUCAGAAGGCUAUAUCCCCCGCACCCCCAUGACAUAUCAAAUUAAUGAGAUUUUUUAAAUUGUACUUUUAGUUACAAUGCUGACAGUUUUAGUCAAAAAAAAAAAAGUUGUGGCAAAUGUAGCAAGGCAACAUCAUUGAGAGAUGUCCUCCCUAUCAUUCUUCAGAAAGAAAAGCAUUGAGCCAUUUUUUGAUAAACAAUAUUGUUUGUAUGUUUUUAUUAUAAAAGCAUGUUUGUUCACUUGUUUGUAUAACUUCAACAGAUGCUAAAUAUUUUUAUGUAUUAAAACACAAAGUUCUUGAUUUGCAACAAACUUUUUUAUUGGUUCCAAUCUAAAGUAUUUGUUUUCCAAUAAAGUUGUCAUCAACUUGUAUCUUUAUUAAUCUGAUGGUUAAUAUUGUCUAAAAGUGCAUUUCUUUCCUCACCUAUCUCUCUACCUUAAGCUCUCUCUCCCAGGCUUGAGCUAUAAAAAUAGAACUCCAAAAAUUUGGCUAAAUUAAGAUUCUACACAUAUGAUGAAAAUGGAAGUCAGAAGAAAUUUGUGCAAAUCAAUGAGUUAUGAAUAAAUUGAGUUUUAAAGUUA